GUACCCUCCGAGACGUUACCAGCAACGGUGCAUACAUUAUCACAGUACGGACCGGGAAAGUAGUGAAACCGCGGACAGUCAGGAUUCGGUGAGAGAGUAGAGCGUAAAGAGAGGAAUUUCCAUCUGUGCUCUCGCCGGUCGGUGUGUGCGUUACGGUACAUACCACCCCAUAAGGAGCCAUCAUACGCCACUCUCUAUAUCGUAGAGCCGUGAAAAGGGAAAACUUUUUCCAGAGUUGAUUCGUUCAUACAGCAAGGCAGAAUUAGUUCGUGCAGUCCAUCCAGCGAGAAGGAUGGCAUAAUAUCGGCAUCCAAUUAAAAAGUGUCAAACAGGAAAAUGAGUGAGCACUACUGCUCUCGUGUCUCGUAUUAUUGAAAGUUGUACAAUAAUUGAAUUUCCGCUUCCGCCGUGGUGGAGGGUGAAGAUAAAAGUGCAAUUUUCCACGGAGAUUUUUCCACGUCGUCUGUUUUAAGCAUCGAAGUUUAGGAAUUUUGAAUGUAGAUAGGAUUGUGUGCAUUCGUGAGUGUGUGUUUAAAAUUGCGCAAGAAUAUCCUGGGGUGGCGUUUCGUAUCGCGAUUUCGUGUGCAAUUUUUUGCGGAAAAUCAGUGUGCGAGAGGAAAGGACGAUUUUCCGUCAUCCUUUUUUCCUCGACUGUUGCCAUUUUGCAUUCCAGCAGUGUCGUCGUGGCCAAAGUGGCGAGAACAAGUCCAAAAGUUCAAAAGUUGUGCUGCAACAUUCGUGAAAAGUGUUUCUACCCCUUGAAAGUGGGUCAAAUGUUGGAUUUAUACUCGGCGAGGAAGCUGUAACAACCGGAUUCGCUAGAUUUAAGUGCCCCCGGAGUGUAUUUUUGUGUGCCUACAGAAAACGUGUCUGCAUUAAAAAUUUACCAGAGCAAACACACAGACACACACCAUCCGCCCAGAUUUCGACGUCGACGGACCAUUUUCCAACCACCCAGACUCCAUUAAUUAGGUGAGGAAAAACCACCCUCUGCAACAUCGCGCACACACACACACACAGAGAGAGACACACGUGUGCGCACGUUGGAACCUUCUCGGUCCUUGGGCUCCGACUUCAACAGGAGGAGGCACUUGCCAACAAGGAUUGCCGGGCCGGCGGGUGAAGCAACAACAACAACAACAACAAUUGCCUCCCCCUCUUACGUCUCGGGUGGAAAUUUUCGGCCUGCAGCAGUACAAGUUCACGUUUGUUAGUGUACGUCAACAACUUCAACGGCAGCAAGGAUAAUAAGGACAAACUCAGCGUCCGCGCAAAUGACGUCACCCAAGACUUGCCCGGCCAUUGUCACCAGCAGCAGCAGCAGCAGCAACACGGCCAGUGCCAAUCUCGUCGCCGCCAACAACUUCCAGCAGGGCGUUCCAUCUGCCCUCACGGUAUCGCAUCGCAUCCUGCGCUCGCCAUCGCACGAGAGCUUCUCCACGGACCUGUCGCUGAUUUCGAUCUCCGUUUCGUCGAUGGCGUCCGAGGCAACCAGCGUGCUGAACCGGUCCAGCUGCAGCCUGCUGACGAAGACGAUGGAGGACAAGCUGGGCAAUUUGUUGAUCAAAGAUGCCAAAAAGAAUCGAUCCUCUACCAUAACCGAGCGCUGGACCGAGAGUAACGAUCUGAUCCGAAACUGUGCCACGUUGUCGGCCGCGCUUGGCAUUCACAAGAGUUUCAGCACGACCGACAUCUACCAGCUGCCGUCCGAUCAGCAUAACAUUGGCGGGAGACUGUCGACCUCCGAGCUGGCCCUGACGUCAUUCCAGAAGGCCGGCUACCUGUUCGAUCAUCCCCGGCUCGAUCACACAUCCCGUUCGUACUCGACCUGGGUGGCCGUGGGCGAGCUCGCUUCCACGUCGCAGUUGCCUUCGCCGCACGGUGGCCAGUCCUCGAACCAGGUUCCGACGAUCUGCAACUCCACUCCGACGCCCAGCUUCACCGUCUCGGACCUGAUCAGCUCGGUCAACAAGAAGAUCCGCCAGAACUACAUCCGGCGGCGACUCUACACGACCUACCGUGCCAUCGAGCGGCUCUCCCAGAGCGAGUUCAACCUGGACCGACUCGAGGCAGCGGCUUUCGCCGCCAGCAAUUUCAGCAAUCCCGGCCCGACCGAACUGCUCGUCCCAACCACCCAUGCCUCGGCGUCGCCCAUUAGCGGUAAGUCGGCCAAUGUCGAAUCGAGCCCAGUUACGACCGGCUCGGCCAGUCCAGCUGCUGCAGGCACUUCAUCGGCCGCCAAAAAGUCCAGCAGCAAAUCCAAAAAGAACCUAACAUUCCUGGACAUCGAGAGCGAACGGGGCAAACCGCUGUCCAAGUACGAACGCCACAUGCUGAUCUUCAACUGGCUGCACACCAUCGACGACGCACCGCUGGAGAUCGAAAAUUGAUCAACACAAACGACGCAAACUCUUGAUGUUUAAACUCUUCUUUACUGUUACCAAUGAAAGUGAAAAUUAAACCAAAAACAAAUAAAAGUAUUUGAUACGCGCGCGCAUACGUAGAGUAAAUUAUACCUAGUCGUACUUAGUAUAGGAUGAAUUAUAUCCAAACCAAAAACAAACAAUGAGAAAAGAAAAGCUUUUGACCUAUCGCGGCUUGAACAGAACAAAUUUAACAAAACAACAAAAAACGUAGUAACAAAGCGCUGGUUAUUUUUCUAUUGAUUUAGUAGGUUAGGCGAAAACACUGCAAAACUGUUUGAUGCUGUGUAACAAUAGUAUAGGAUAAAUCGUUCUAUAUUUAUCUCAUAAUCAUCAGCCAUCAGUCGCCCCGUUUUUGAAAACAACAGCAAAAAAAAAAAAAAAACUUUUUAGAAGGGCCUACGCUUUUUAGGGAGUGACCUAUUUUUGUAUAUCGAUUGUUCGUGGAACUUGUGUUGAAAAGAAAAUAACAAC